CGUGCGCCCCUUCCAAACCCUCCACCCCUUCUUUCUCACUUCGUCACUCUCUUUCAAGUUUCAAAACUGAACACAGCUUGAUUUUCAGUUCAUCAUUUCUGCUAAUCUCAGCUUACAAGCAAUGCUAAAGAAUAAAAGCUUUUUUCUUGAAGUUCCCAUCUUUGAUUGGUUUAAUGGAGCGCUUGAGGUUUCGGAUAACGGGAAAGAAGGCAUCUUUUAUACUCUUUCUGCUGCCUACGCGUUUGUCUCCUUCAUUGCCCUGGUACAACUCAUUCGCAUCCAAUUGCGUCUUUCAGGAAUUGGUUGGACAACACAGAAGGUUUUUCACUUGAUGAAUUUUGUUGUCUGUGGAUUGAGAGCGAUUUUAUUUGGCAUCUACAGGAGUGUGUUUUAUCUGAGACCAAAAGCACUUGAGAUGAUGCUUCUGGAUCUCCCUGGUCUUCUAUUCUUUUCCACAUAUACGCUGCUAGUUCUAUUUUGGGCUGAAAUAUACCAUCAGGCAAGAAACCUUCCCAUUGAUAAACUUCGACCUGCAUAUUAUGCAGUUAAUGCGGUCGUGUAUCUUAUACAGAUAUGCAUCUGGAUCUUCAUCAGGCUUGGCCCGACUUCGACUGGUGUUGAAACUGCUAAACUCUUUUUCGCAGUUAUUUCGUUUUGUGCUGCUCUGGGAUUUGUCAUGUAUGGUGGAAGGUUAUUCGCAAUGCUUCGGCGCUUUCCUAUUGAAUCUAGAGGCCGUCAGAAGAAGCUUCAUGAGGUUGGCUUUGUGACUGGUAUUUGCUGCACUUGUUUCUUGAUCAGAUGUGUAGUGGUUGCUAUUUCUGCUUUUGACGGGAAUGCUGAUGUUGAUGUCAUUGACCAUCCUGUUCUCAUUCUCAUCUAUUACAUGGUGGUGGAGAUAUUGCCUUCUAUAUUAGUGCUCUUUAUCCUGCGCAAAUUGCCUCCAAGACGCGUAUCAGAGCAGUAUCAUCCUAUUCAAUAACUGAUAAAAAGGGCAAAGCUGAUCUUAAUGCUUCACAGUUUUUGUUGGGAGAAGCCUUUUUCACAGAACGAAGUCAUUAAAAAUAUUCACAAUUUUUUUUCCUUUUUUUUGGUGGUUGCCGUUUGUUCAAUUGAUUUGUGGAAAAGAAGUCUAGUUUGACUGCAACUCAUAGUUGUUUAGAAGUCCUGAAAUUAUUAGCUAUUCGGAGUGUCAAAGAUAGAGAAGAAUUUUGAUACGCCUAAGAGAGUAGCAGUUAGAAGUUUAAUGGGAUUCAAACGUGCUACCUGAGGUUA